CUCCACCUUAAAAAAGGGCAGCGAAGUUACAAAAAAAACUAAGAUUCGCAACGUAAAAUUGGGUAUUCGGUAUCAAGUUCGAGCUGAAACAUAAUUGAAAUGGACAAAGAAGGAGAGGAAAUUCCAGCUGUACCUGAAGAAAAUUUUGCUGUUUAUGAUGGGAAUACAGAAUGCAGCGAUCCUGGUAGUAGAGACGGACACGAACCAGAUAACGGAUCUGAGGUUGUGGUCGAUCAAGCCAGUAGCAGCGGCCUGCAACCAGAUAACGAUGAAGGCCGGACAGGACCAACCCCACCUAAGAGAACAACGAGCCAGACUGAAUUCAGAUCCAGAGGCCCAUCAGAGACAGAGGCAGGGAUCACCGAUGAAGAUGGUGGUAUCAAUAUUGUCAAACGACCUAGGUUACCAUCGGUCAAUUGUCCGGAGAAAAUAAUCAUCUGCUUAGACCUGGCCAGUGAGGUGAAUAGAGUACCUUUUCUGCAAAGAGAUGGGACUAAACACCUACCCAUAGAGUUGGUAAAAAGAGCUUUGAGUAUCUUUAUAAGAACUAAGAGUAGCAUCAACCCACGACACCAGUUUGCAUUAGUGGUGCUCCAGGAAAGUGCUGUGUGGCUGCAAGACUUCACUUCUGACGUGGAGGAGUUUCUCAAUGUAAUGUUUGAUCUGACCAGUGAGACACAGGAUUGCGAGUCAUGUGACCUCACAUCACUCUUUGAAACCAUUGCAAAUAAAGUUGAUCUACCAGUGAUUGAUGAUACUGAAGUCUUGCCUCCUCCAUACGUCAUUAGAACUCUGUUUUUCUAUGGAAGGUCAGCUCUCAUUCCAGAGUUUAUCAGCGGUCGAGAAGCUCAAGUAGCCCUAUCAAAUUCACCAUAUUUCUUCUUUGAUGUCUUCUAUCUCCACGAACCACCAUCGGAAGAAAACUAUUGCAAGGACAUCUAUGAUGUUUUCCUAGACCUUGACAAGAACAAUACGUCAUACAUCCAUGAGGUUGGACGGAUGAUACCACACCUUUACAACAAGAUGGCUUCAUUAGUGGCUCAUCCGUUACAGAGACCUGAACAAGUGUUUGCUUCAUACUCGCUGGAGAUAGAACAAUGAGGGCAUUCCAAUGAAGGAUUGACAACAUGGAAUCUUGAGGAAUCGUUCAUUGGCUAUGAUCAUCCACUAUAUGACAAUGACAGUAUUCCAAAGAUGAGUUAAAACAUGAACAAUUGUUUGCCUCGUACUUGCUUGACAGAACAGUGAGAACAUUCCAACGAGGAGUGGACAACAUGUAAUCUUCCAGAUCAGUCCUUCAUGUGUGGCACACUGGUGCAGAGACCUGAACUAGUGUUUGCUUCAUACUCGCUGGAGAUGGAACAAUAAGGAGUUGACAACAUGGAAUCUCAAAGAACUGUUCAUUGCCUUUGAUCAUCCAGAGAAAUUGUUAACAUUUACAUGAUUGUUUGUGGCUUAUCUGUUAUAGACUUGAACAUGUGUAUCUUCGUACUUGCUGGACAGCGAUGAGAUAAUUUCAACCAGGAGUUGACAAUAUGGACAGGUAAUCGCUUCAUACUUGGUGGAGACAGAAUAUUGAGAAUAUUCCAAAGUGGAGUUGACAACAUUGAAUCUUCAGGAUAAGUGUUUCAUUGGUGGCUCACCUGUUAUAGAAA